AAUAAUGUGUUGCUAAAAAAAGAAAAUUUGAUAUGAAAAUUGCAGAGAGAGAGAGAGAGAGAAUGGUGAAUUGAUAGUGAAAACUGAAAAGUUGUAAGGAAAAGGUUGAGAGCUGGAAUCACAUGGAGUUGUCGCUGAAGCUUGCUGUCUCCUCCAUCCCAAUCCCAUUAUUCCCUUGACAAUCAUCCAUCCAUCCAUCACUAUCUUCUCUUCUUCACCCGCUUCCACUCCACUCCAUUCUCUUUCUCUUCUUCCAUGGCUCACCUUAAGGAACUGCCUGCUUCUGUUGUUAAUGGGAAUGAUUCCCUCCCUGGUAAUAUAAUAUCCACUACAAUUGGUGGAAAAGAUGGGGAGCCCAAACAGACUAUAAGUUACAUGGCAGAACGUGUCGUGGGUACUGGGUCAUUUGGAAUCGUUUUCCAGGCAAAAUGCUUAGAAAAUGGGGAGGCAGUAGCCAUCAAGAAAGUUUUACAGGACAAAAGAUAUAAGUGUCGUGAACUAGAGUUAAUGCGCAUAAUGGAUCAUCCAAACAUCAUCUGUCUGAAGCAUCAUUUCUUUUCCACUACAAGUACUGGUGAGCUGUUCCUUAAUUUGGUGAUGGAAUAUGUUCCCGAGUCUAUGUAUCGAGUCUUGAAGUUCUAUAGCACUGCUAACCAAAGAAUGCCUCUUAUCUAUGUUAAACUUUAUAUGUACCAGAUUUUCAGGGGGCUGGCUUAUAUCCACACUGUCCCUGGAGUAUGCCACAGAGAUUUGAAGCCACAAAAUAUACUGGUUGACCCUAUUACACACCAGGUUAAGAUAUGUGAUUUUGGAAGUGCAAAAGUGCUGGUCAAAGGAGAAACUAAUAUAUCAUAUAUAUGUUCCCGGUUCUAUCGCGCACCAGAACUCAUAUUUAGUGCUACUGAAUAUACUACUUCAAUUGAUAUUUGGUCAGCUGGUUGUGUCCUUGCGGAACUGCUUUUGGGCCAGCCAUUGUUUCCGGGUGAAAAUGCAGUGGACCAGGUUGCAGAGAUUUUCAAGGUCCUUGGCACACCCACUCGAGAGGAAGUCCGCUGCAUGAAUCCAAACUACAACAACUUUAGGUUUCCACAGAUAAAAGCACACCCAUGGCACAAGAUAUUCCACAAAAAGAUGCCUCCUGAAGCAAUUGAUCUCACUUCCCGGCUUCUGCAGUAUUCUCCUAGUCUCCGAUGUACUGCACUAGAAGCUUGUGCACACCCAUUCUUUGAUGAACUUCGUGAACCCAAUGCUCGCUUGCCAAAUGGUCGUCCAUUUCCACCACUAUUCAACUUUAAGCAAGAGUUAUCCACAGCACCUCCAGAGCUUGUUAACAAGUUGAUCCCUGGCCACAUGAAGCGGCAACUAGGGCUGCAACUUCCCCAUUCUACAGGAACAUGAUGUUAAGCCAAGGGCACAGUAUUCUGGUUGAUAAGUUAACACUUAACAGAGGGGGUUCCAUCUUUUGUGUAAUUUGCCAUGUAUUUUGCCGCACAACACAACCAGUGUAAAUUUUGCACCCGACCAGAACUGAGGCUCUGGUUUCUGGACGGCGGCAGUUGAUCCAUCGGUUCAACCAACAUAUAUACCUACUAAACUCCUUUUGCUUCUUUAUGGUGGAUCUAUUUUUCCCCAGGCAAAUGGCUCUGGGAUUCCAUGAUAUUUGUAAACAUCUACUUCUAGUAUUGGUCACAAUGCUUCUGUGAAGGGCAAAGUAAACCAGAGAGAGGAUGGUUCAUGAAUGUUGAGGGCGGAUAAGGUUGAUUUGUUGGGUCUGGCUAUGUCCCCAUGUCAAUAUAUGUGACUCACUGGCCAUGUUGCACAUAAAAAAAAGAAAGUCAUGUUCUUACUGAAUGUCAAUAUGCUGUUUCUUCUCUUCA